GUAUAACGGAACUCGAAACCAAACUUUAUUAUGGUUUUUGAGGUUAGAACUUAUUAUUGAAUAAAAUAGAUUAUUAACUGUAAAUACGGCCAAUAACUUUUGUUAAUUACUGGACACAAUGUACACCAAUGUAAUUAUACCCAGACAAUGGUCGAGGUUGGCGUGUUUCUGUCGAUCUGUCUCGACCAUAGAAGGGCAGAAGUUGCCUCAGACUAGCGUCUCUAAUGACGGAAUAUCACCGCCCCCUCGAAUUCCCAGAGGACCCACUGAUAUCCUGCAGGCUUUAUCUGCUACUGUCGGACCGGACCCCACAGCUGCACACUACAAGUACCACGAUGACCCUUAUUUAAUCCCACUAUCAAACUUCCGAAAGAGAGCGUAUGCCCUGGCCGCUGAGGCAGGUCGCAAAGCAGCAGUAUGGAUCAGGGACGAGCAUUCAGACUUGUUCACAAUGAGGGAGUGGGACCCCCCGGGCAAGAUGAAGACACCAUACAUCAAUGCCGCACCUGAAAUUGAAGCUUUUAGUCCCAAACCUAUUUACAAUGAUGAGAGUAAGGUCACAGAAGAGGAUCUAAAGUAUACUAUACAGAAUUGUCUAUUAGAGGACUCGAUAAAAGUAUUCCAACUACUUGGUGGAGUUGAGGGGGUUAAUGACGACCUGAAGAUAGCCUUCCUUCAGCUAUUGUGCUUCUAUAAUGAAAAAGAGCCUGAUUCUGAUGAGUGGCUGGAAGAGAGAUGGUUUGCAGCCAGCACUAGGGAAAGACAAGCUGCCACUUGGAGAUUAGGCGGUCUUGCUGAUAAGAUUUUCUCUUCUAUGGAACCAAAAACCCCAGAAACCUACUGUGCUAUUAUUCAGGGCAUGGCUAAAUACUUUCAGGCUGAACGAGCACACAUGCUAGCAGAAGAAGCAAAAGAAAAAGGCAUUCCACUAUCCACCGGUGUCUAUAACUCGCUCUUGGGUUGCAUUGGCUUCCUCAAAGAAGGAACGGCUUUGAGGAUAGAUGCGCUGAAAGGUUUACUCUUAGAAAUGAAUGAACAGGGCAUAUCUCCAAAUGAGGAAACUCUGACGGCUUGCCUACGGUCAAUAUCAGCGUGGGGUGGUGGCAAAGUGCUGCAGCAAUGCGCUCUACAAAUCCUAGCGGAGUUCCGACAGCUCGGCAUAGAACCUGGACUUUCUGCGUACUACUACUUGCUCUGCCUGUUUUGCAAGGAGCGAGGACCUCGCGUAGAUAUACUAUCAACAAUACUGAAUGAUUUGGAGAAGAGAGAUAAUUUAAACCCUACAGAAGCCACCGACACAAACUUCUUUAUAACAGCCAUGAGUGUGUGCAGUGAUCACUUACAAGAUAUAAAUAUGGCGGAAAGAGUACAUGCUCUCCUAAUGAAAGGAAAUAAUUACAAACUGGUCGGCGAUGCGUACAAGGAGAGCAUAUAUUACAGGCACUACGUCACAGUCGCUUGCAGACACGCGCCGUUUGAAAGGACACUGCAGCUUCUCGACACUCUGGUGCCAAAUGUAUACGUGCCAGAGCCGUCUGUUAUGGAAGAGAUAAUAAAGACGUUGGAAGUGGGUGGGGCAGGCGACCGUCUAGCACAGUCAUGGUCGCAACUCGUGGUGUUUGGCCACGCCAAGCGGGUCAGACUGGUCGAGCAGAUACUCGCUGCCAUGUGCUCCUGUUACCAGUAUCAAGAUGAAGAAGUAAAGGCAAAGAUGCGCGCUGCGGCCAUAGAUAUCCUCAAGUACGGACAGACUGCGGAGGAACUAGAAGAAGCGAAAGAUCUCCGCGCACCUACCAACCUCAAGUUAUCAGCGUCAGCCCUGUCGAACAUCAUCGAGCUGUGCUCAGACGAGGCGGAGGCGGCAGCGCCGGCGUGGGAGACGGUCUCGGAGGCGCUGCAGCGGCUGCGGCGCGGGGAGGCGGCCGGGGUGCCGCACAACCCGCAAGCGCUGGCGCAGGUCGCGAGUAAAGCUGCGACUAUAGGCAAGCAGGGCAUCGCUUCUAUGGCAGUGGGCUACCUAGCAGAAUGCGGGUUCGAGGAGGCCCUCACAGCCAGUGUGUCCACCCUGGCCGUGAUGCUGAACCGCUCCACUGAAGAGGUGCAAGCGUUGUUGCAAGAACCGCCGACAGAACUCGCUCCCAAACUACACCCCUCCGCUCUUGCUGUUGUGGAGGCAUAUCAGCUUGCCAAAACUGGAGCGCCAGCGAGAGACGCGGAGUCUUCAACCAGUUCUGACAGCGACAGCGAAACGUCGUCUUAUGAUGAAUAGUAUUUAAUUUAAUAUAUUAGUUGUAGAUUAAUAAAGUACGCAUUUAGAUUUAUACAUA